AUGUCUGCCUGUGUAGUUUUAUCGCAGUUUGCGGCUUUAGCAGCCCGCGCGGAAUCAAUGGAAAAGAAACUUUCUGCGAGGAAAAUCCGGCCAACCCAAGAUCAACUGGAUCAAUUUUGUGAAUAUAGGGACAAGUUGAGAAUGACCCUAUCGAAACUUGACGCUGAGGUCACGAGCCUAGUACAGCCUGACGAGGAAGCUAUCAAGCUCCUGAAUCGAAUUCGGUCAGGGCAAAAUUCCUUGGCGACUAUCUCAGUAGCCUUUUCAAGGAAUCUGAUCCUGAUUUUUAGUGGUCCUAAGGACUCUAGUCUGGACUCAGAACAAGUGACAGCGAACAAAAAGCACACUCGAACAAGGUGCCUGAAAUUAAGGAGCCAACAUCCUCACGUAAUACUGAAGUGGGCGCAAGCCCUUCCACCUUCGACAUGGAAGUCAAGAGGAAUGACAGAUAAUGCUUUCGAUUACCUUCUCAAAACGCUGGAAGCGGACCGAUUGGAAAGUGUUUUACCUAAGGUACAUUAUAUGUUGCAAUCUUUGGGAGAGGAGGAGCCGUUAGAUACGUGCGAUGCUUUCAAAUCAUUCGUUUCAGAGAUUUUGAAUACGACCACUGCAAUUGAAACGACAACUCCAGCUGAUGGAGAGAAGCAAACGCACGUAACUACAACGCCAGAUAAUGCCUUGAUGAAGCUAAUUGAGACAACAGAAAUCGAUUAUAAGGGGUCGUCAAUGCCGACUAGUAAGCUGCCGCUUUUGAUUGACAGGCUUCCCGCAGCAAUAAAGAGCAGCGAGCAAUGGAAAUGGGAACGCAAAAUAUUCUUGGAGAAUAUUGGAAUGUUGGAAGCGAAUAUGGUGGACAGGACGGAUUGUCUGAAUUUCUUCGUUCCCAAGGAUCGAAAUCACGACAUCUCUAUCACUCUAACCGUCGGUCACGAAGUUGGACUGGAGGUAAUUGGUGAAGUAGAAGCUAUUGACGUGUGA